AUGUGUCCCAGCGCCCCCGAAACAGUCGAAAGCAUCCAGGCGGCGCUAGAGCCUUACGUUCGGACGCGUGAAGAGGUGUCGCAUAUCCGACGGGUGCUCGCCCUGCACCUUCUCUCAGCUUAUGAGAAUGGUCCUCAGCCCGGGUCUCUGGCCUUGCCAGGGCCAGACUGCAUCAUCAACUCGACAGCUGGCGUCCGUGGCAUUCAGAGGGAUUAUCUGAAGGCACUUCAUGCCAACAUCAAGGCCAAGCAAGACCAGGAGGUAGUCAGGCAAGCGGUACAGGAAGGCAGAUCUUCUACUACGAGAGGAAUUAGUACCGCUAACCGGCUGGAAGAGCAUGUCACCUCCAUCAAGCUCGAGAGAAAGCAGGCACGUCUCCAGGCUGUCGAGAGAUACAUGGAGGCCCUGGGCCGAAAGCCGGCUGCAGCGCCAGAGUUUGUGCGGCCAGAGGAAAUAUUCAAGGAUGGUCACCGCUUGCCAGAUGUACCCAAAACCGUGGUCAGCGGCUUUUCUGUCAACAAUGGGCCAGCCAAACCCGACCUGAAAGCCCUCGUCGAUCGCUUGGAGAAGGCGGUGCUGAGGUCCAAGCUACUGCUAAAGAAGGAAGAACAAUUGCUGGAGGAUGUAAGGUCUCGCUCCACAGCAACGCGCGACACAAUCACCGACAGUUCGAAGCUUGCGGCGUUGAGUGCGACUCGGAACGAGCUCAUCAGCUGGAUGGAGGCAGAGCUAAGUAAGGCUUCGCACCUCGAUGAGACGGAGCACAAUGAACCGGGUGGGAAACAACAACCUACGGCGGACAGGGUUCAUGUGAAUGAGCAGCUUUCCGUCGUCAAGGGAAAAUACGCCAAAUACGUCGCAGCGCGCAAGGCUCUCAUCGAGCUGGUCCAACAGCGAACAAAACCCGUGGAGAUGGAGUCCCCUUCAAGGACCACGUCUGGUGCUCAACCCGAGGUCGCGCGCACAACCCCGGCGACACAUCUCAUCACGCCUUAUAUCGAGGGCCUGGUGCAAGUUGGCCAGGCUCAGAGGAACUACAUUGCCCAGAAAUCACACAUAAAUACAGUCUUCGCGAGACAAACAGAAGAAACCAUACGGGCUUUGGACCGUCUGUCCGAAGAAAGCCAGCUGAUACCCGAACAUUCCAUUCCAGCCGCUGCGAGGGGUAGGACUGGUCUGGAGACCGGCUCAUCCAGCAAUCACGUCGACAGAGUCUCAGAACGCGUGCAGCCGUGGGUUUCAGCAGCGGACACAGCAAAGCUUGCGACACUUGAGGCUGUAGCGGAGAAGAUCGAGCAAGGACAGGUCGCUCUCGAAAAGUCCACGAGGUCACUAGGGGAAAUCGACCAGCUGCUAGGUCGAAAUACGAUCACCGGAGGCGAGCCCAUGACCGACGAGGAUACAACAAUAGACGACAUCUGGUUAGCAGAAUCUUCCUCCCCACGCAAAGUGCCAACAUCGAAAGCAUUUACCAAAAACAAGAGCAACUUGGUCAAAGAGAAGGAAGAUAUCUGGUCGACAUUGGAUGGUAGUGUCGGGCUGAUCAAUGCCGAAGACUCCCCACGAAAGCUUCUGUAG